UGAACCUCGCCCUCUUCCUCCAGUGACCCCUGCUUGUUUCUUGUAAUUGUCCUCCCCUGAUCUUUCCUCUUGAUUCUGCUCUGCCUCUAGUUAUAUGUCAGCUGAACUGGAGGACAUGGCGGCCAGAGAAGAGUAUCAACAAGUAAAAGAGAAACCCCAGACUAGCCACCCCAUCCACGGCUGGGAUGACCAGGAAGAAUCCGCCGGCUGUGGCUCGUCUUUAUGUACCGUUGUCCUCAUAGUAGUCUCCGUUUUCCUGGUUCUGAUAUUCUUUCCUUUCUCCUUGAUCAUGCUUAUUAAGGUUGUGCCAGAGUAUGAGAGAGCUGUUAUUUUCAGACUGGGACGUCUUAUGGACAGAGAAGCAAAAGGGCCUGGUACUUUCUUCAUCUUGCCUUGCAUUGAUCGCUAUCAAACUGUGGACUUGAGAACAAAGUCGUUUGAUGUUCCUCCACAAAAUAUCCUCACCAAAGAUAGCGUCACUAUUUUGGUUGAUGCCGUUGUUUAUUAUAAAAUAUUUGAUCCUGUCAUCUCGAUAACCAACAUCCGUGAUGCCGGGUGGGGUACAAGGCUAUUGGCUCAGACUCUCCUUCGUAAUGUGCUCGGUUCUCACUCUCUUGGAGACGCAAUGACCAAUAGGGAUCUGCUUGCAAACCAGCUGCAGCAAAGUUUGGAUGAAGCCACUGAUCCAUGGGGCGUUAAAGUGGAGCGUGUUGAGAUUAAGGACGUGAGACUGCCACAGAACCUCCAACGAGCAAUGGCUGCCGAAGCUGAAGCAACAAGAGAAGCCAAAGCUAAAGUGAUUGCUGCUACUGGUGAAAUGAGUGCUGCUCGUGCCCUAAAAGAAGCAGCUGAAGUGAUUGCUAAUUCUCCCACUGCCUUGCAGCUUCGCUACCUACAGACCCUCAAUGUCAUUGCUGCAGAGAAAGGCUCCACCAUUUUGUUCCCGAUACCUAUGGACAUGCUUGGAGGAAUGUCUGCCUGGGGAGCAGGGCUGGGAGGAGGAGGAGGAGGACAGGGACUGGAACAGCCAUCAGUCAUAUAAUUACAACCUUUAGAACAUACAGCAAGUAUCGGAUCUGCUGUGAACAUUAAUUAUAACUUUAAGCUACAGAAACCGUCUAUUGACACAUUACACACAUACACUUUGUCGUCUUGUGAGCCUUUGUUACCUCUUUUACAAACUUUAGUUUCAAUAUAUUGAAAAGAAGUGUGA